AUGGCAACUACUGAGAAACAAAAUCACUCUGAAGAACAUGGAAUUUGGGAUAAUUUUAUUAAAAAUCCACUUGAUGGUUCAACACCUAUGUGCAGAAAAUGUCAGGAAGUUGUAAGUCGUGCAAGCUCCACUUCAAAAGCAACGGCAUGGGGAAAUGGGCCUUUGUGGUCUCAUUUAAGUCUGUAGGUUCGAACAAUGAACAAUGGCGGCAGCAAGGUCUACUGCUAAACUGAUUAUCAUCUUAAUCUACUGGCCCUGAUGGCAUACCAGCAUACCUUUUAAAGCGCUGUUCUGAAGUCAUUGCUCCGUCUUUAACAGUUCUCUUCGAGUUGUCUCUUCAGCAGGGUGUAUUUCCUUCUGAAUGAAAACUGCUAAUGUGGUUCCAAUACCUAAGAAAGGUGACGUUCAUGAAGUCACCAACUACAGACCUGUUUCAUUACUCUCCCAAGUUUCAAAAGUACUUGAACGCUUGAUUUUUAGACAGGUUUCUUCUUUCACUCUUUGUAUGACAUUCAACAUGGCUUUCACUGCAAUAGGUCAUGUGUUACUCAACUUUUGAAUGUGUUUCUCGGUCGUGCUCUUGAUUCUGGCAAUGAAAUUGAUCUUCUUUAUCUUGAUUUUCCUAAAGCUUUUGACUCCGUAUCUCACGGCAAACUCUUGUUUAAACUAAAAUCUUUUGGAAUUUCCAGUCAACUUCUUAACUGGUUGACUGAUUAUCUCCAUAAUCGGAAAAAGCGUGUCGUUAUCAAAGGAGUUUCUUCAUCUUUCCUUAACGUGUUAAAUUUGGUGUGCCACAAGGUAGUGUCAUAG